CUUCUGUAAACUUUAAUUUUUCGCUAAAAUUGUAUUACAUUGCACUAGCAGUACAGUAGAAGCUCUACAAAACGCUCACAGGAAAGUGAAUACUUCAAAUGAUCAAUGAUAACUUGAGAUAGCAAUGACACGAUAAAAGUAUGCUAUCCAAUACGUUUGUGCUCUUCGACAGGCCUCUUACAUCCUUCAGAAUUAACGUCAUCAACAUCGAUCGCCCGAACGAUCACAAAAGACGACUUGAAAUCGUUUGUAAAUAUGUUGCUUUUUGAAAAUCACUUCCUACCACACACCAUACUACAAUUUUAAGAAUGAAGCUUCCAUCUAAGUUAUAGAGGGAAAAAUGAUAGGAAAGGUGGUCUCAAAUACUCGAUCCACUGUUAUUUCCUGCUACUUUUCCUCAACGAUUAUUUAACUGGAAACCGACGCAGGUGCAUACCAGCGGUUUCUCGCAUAUGUGUCUGCUGCGCUUUUCCCAUCCCAGCUUUCUCUCCUCAAAGGCUGUACUUCAGCAUAAUUCACCUGUUUCUAUCGGUUCCAAAUCGAUCAUUUCUGGGAGACCAAGCCUUUGCUGUUUUUGCGCUAGUGAGGAAGUCAUCAUGGUUCCACGUUCAUUGUGUAUCACGCUUAAUGCCAUCUUUGCGAUCGUUCUGUUGCGUUUUGAGUACGUUCUUGGAACCUGCAUAGAACGCGACGAACAAUUGCAAAAAUAUCUUACGUCUUCCACUUCUCCUUUUGACAAUUAUUUUAACAUAUCGAAGGCUGUGUAUCCUUCUGUGGAUCUCCCAUCUUUGCUGAUCGACAUCACGGUGAAAUUCCUGAAGACAGCUGGCGAAAAGUCAGACGGAAGUAACAAUCUAUCAACGAUAUUGAAAACCGAGUUUACGUGGAGUAUGUCGUGCUUGUACGUCAGCGGAGGAAUUAGCCUGACCUCCAUGAACUUGUUUUCCCUGGGAGCGAUUUAUCCAAACAGAAGAGGAAGUAAAUUGCACAUAACACUGCCACAAUUUUGCAAUAGCUCUACCGUCGACAUUCAAGAAAAAAUGAUAUACUUCCUUUCCACGGUAAGUGAUCAUUCUAUACUGUGUAGCGUUUUGUACGGGGCGCCAAACCAGUCAUUAUUCCCACUGUAUUUAACUUUUUACUCUUUAUAUGGUCAGUUGAACUUUUUAUAUGGUCGACUCGACUUUUCACAAGAUGAACUUUUUACUUUCUGUAUGGUCAACUCGACUUUUUAUUAGGUCAACUUGUUACUUUUUACAUGGUCAGCUUUGUGACUUCUACAUUGCAUUGCGAUUAGACUUGAACAAAAUGGCUGCUAACAACGAAGACGUGCUGCACAUCCUCUCGGUGUGUGUCAUAGCUAAGCAGGCUCUCGAAGCCAUCGAAAAUCUUCACAAUAAUAAUAUUAGAAAUGUGGCAACGUUGACAGCUACCAACAGAGCUUCGACUUCCUCUGUCCCAUCAUUAAGCCCUUCGGUUGCAGCAGAGCUCUCAAGCCGAUUUCCAACUUUCAACACAUGUGGGGCGACCGCAACUAGAAAACGAACUUCGACGGGUACUUUUACAAGUUCCAUGUCCCGAGAAACAUUGAAAGUCAACUUCUAAGAGAGGACAUUAUGCUUGAAUACCUCAAGGUAACUAAUUUUUUGCUCCUGUUUGAUAAGAUAAGUAAUUAGAAGUAAAACUUGUAUUAAUAUAAUUGAAAGUUCAUGUACAUUUAUUGUAAGGCAAAAAUUUAAGAAGAACUCGUAGAUAAGGUCUAGUUUUUAGUGGCUAACUAAGUUGUGCAUUCUCUGGGUGGUGUUGAUGAGACCUGCUUCAUUUCUGUGAUUGUAACUCUAUUCUUUGUAGGCUUGUUAUGGAACUCUAGUAACUCCUAAACUAGCAAAGGGAGUAAGAAUGGAUGGUGAGAGAAUAGUAAAUCUCUCAGGUCAAGGGAGUGUGUACAUCAGAUGUCUGGAACCCUUUGAGGAGGAAGAUAGGGAUGAAGAUGAUGAACAGCUUACGAUACCAUCCUUUAGUCAAUAAGCUGGUGACCUCUCAGAGACCCCUGAUAAUGCAAGUUCCUCAUCAUUACAGCAUCAAAACAGUGAAGCUGAAUCCACAGACCAAGGGGAACUACUUAUCUUUAGAGAUCCAAUGCCCUUCUUGUCAGAAAUGGAGAACAAUCAGUCCGUUAACAAUUAUGAAGCUGUAGUUAAUGUUAAUGGAACAUCUCCACCAACUUCACCUUCAAAUAAUGGUGAAGUGUCAUGAGAAUUCACAGGUCACUUGUGAGGGCUGAUAUGCUUGAGGUUUUUUCAGAUCCUUCCAUUUUGAAGUCCAGUUUAAAUGCCAUCAUUAUUCAUCCAUUAAAGAAGCUGGACAGGGAAAUGGGGUCUUGAGGGAAGUUUUCUCCUUGUUUUGGAAAGAAUUCUCUAAAUCACACAUGUUGGGGAAGAGUGAAAGAGUCCCUUAUAUUAGGCAUGAUUUUGACUGCAAUAAGUGGGAAGCAGUGGUGAGGAUACUGGUAAAGGGAUACACAGAGAGUCAGUAUUUUCCUCAUAAAAUAAGCAAAGCCUUUCUUGCUGGUUGUCUUUUUGGGAAGGGAAGCAUUACUUGUGAAUGUUGCAAGAUUCCUUCAAGCAUUAUGUUUCUCCAUCUGAAACUAGUCUUACAGAAGGCUGCUGGCCGACAGUAUCACAUGUGACAAUGAUGAGAUGCUUGACUUUUUGUCAGCCUAUGACUGUAAGAGAAAAGUCACACACAGCAAUUAAGUAAAAAUCAUCAGAGAGAUUGCUCAUGAGGAGAUAGUGCAAGAGUCCCAAUAUGUGAGUGACUGCUGGCAACCAAUUCUUGCUCACCUUAAGAUUUAUUUCCCAGAUGUAAAAUCAUCACAUCAAUUGUGUUCUUCCAUCACACCUAGUAAUGUUAGAGUUAUUGGCCUACUUGAAGCCAGUCUGGCUACAGCAGCUGUGACAGAAACACUGGCCCAGCUGAAGAGACUCAUCAGGGGGCUUGACAAAGCUAAGCUUACCAAUUUUUGAGAUUUACAUCUACAUCUGAUGUUCUUGUCACAGACAGGUUGAAAAUAUCAUUCACCAACAGUGAAAGUCUACAGAGAAGGCCUAUUGCCCACAACUGUAACUACACUUCAGAGGUGCUGAGCACAUGUGCUAGCUUUUGCAAGCCCAGAGAAGAAUUCAGAUAGUUAGGAGAUGAAUAAAGUGUGAACAAAUAGCAUAAAUAUACACCAUAAAGUGGUCUCAUUAGGGUAUAUGUGCAUCUUGCUAAGCUUCAUUUGCUCUCAGGCUAUCCAGUUUCGAUGUAAUUUCAUGUAGAAUUACAUCAUUUCAAGAAUGGUGUGCUUGCUGAUGACACACUCAUUUUUACAUUUUUAAAUUAAUUAUGUUAGGUUUUGUUGGGUUUCAAACAGUUAUUUUAUUGUUAGAUUUAUUAAAAUACAAUGAGGUCCAUGAUUAUUCAAAGUUCCCUUUUGAAAACAUGAAGUGCAAUAAAAAGCAUUGUGUUUUGUAAAGUUUAUAACCUCUAUGGUGCUUUGUUAAUACUAAAUACAAGUUUGAAAGUCAGUUCAGUUGAUACAUAUGUAUCCCUGUGAAAAGAAAGAACACAAAAUUCUUAAACAACGUAUAAGUAUGUAUCUUCACCAGGGUUGCAAUGAUUUUCCAGGAAUGCCAUCUGUUGAUCAGAAAGUGGAACACUUGUAUCUGGAACUACUUCCUGAUAGUCUUCUUCUUCCAGAGCGAUAAAGGCAGAGGGGUCAAAUCCAUAAUCAUGCCCAUUACAAGCAUCAAACACACUUGCAACUGCAGCAUAUCCAGAGUGUUCAUUUUCAAGCAUUCCAUCUGUAUAUAAUUGAAUAGGAGAAAGAUUUCCUUCAGAAGAAAGUGGAUGAUUUUCCCACUGGCUCUUAAGUUCCUGUAAGUGCUCAUUGAUUCGGGAUAUGAAGGUGUAAUGUAAUGCAAAUAAAUGCAACUCAUUUGGUGGAUCCAGUAGCUCAUUAUCCUCCAAGCAAGAAAAUGUUCUUGCAAGAAAGCAAAGUUCUCCGCAUGACCUUUCUACAUGACAGUUGUGCACAGAGUACCAGUAACAAUGCUACCUCUGUCAACACCUCUCUGCUCAAGCAUAAACUCUGCUACUUUGAAAUUUUCCAUAACAUAAUCACUUCUCACCCUAGAAGGCAAUCCAUAACUGUUGACACCUCUUAUAAAUUGCUCCAGUACUGUAUCAGCUUUGCUAUUAUAGCAGCAGUGGGCAUAAAUUAUAAUUCAGGAAUAUCCAUGAACACACAUAUGAGUUAUUGACCACCAUGGUAUGAGUUUGUGAUUGCUGUAUAUGUGCCAGAGAGCAUUUGGUGUAGGAACAUUAUAUUUUCUUCUGUAAAUUGUAGACUGCCAUCAUAAAUCUGUUCCAACAGGAUCAAAGGUUUGAAGACAGUUUCUCACAUGCCUUCAUGGAAUAUUUAGCCCUCUACUUCUCAGAGCGCCCACUAGUUGAGCCAGUUAUUUGAGUCCAACUUAACUCUUCUUGGUCAGUCACGCUAUACAUUAACCUACUCCUUCUGAGAGUACCCUCAGAGUACCCUCAGAAGGAGUAGGUGAAUCCAUUUUUUUCCAGGAAAAAUGUAUUUCUCUUAAAAAAACGUAUCUGUUCUUCCUCAAUGACAUAAGGUGGGUGCCCAGGACCAUUCCUACUUGAAUCAGGUGGGCUGCCAUAUGUUCUUUCACCAAAAAUAUCUAACAUCUCAUUUCUGUAUUGCUGCAGCUAAUCAAUUAAGUUCCUAACCUUAAUCAGAGACAGGUUUAGGAUGCGGUGAGUAACUGAAUGGUCUCUGUAGCAGUCCACAAUCUAUCAGCUGCCUGAUCAACAUCCUCAAAGGACAAGUUAUUGUUUCUGCCUCUUCGCAUGAGGAUACUGUCGAAAGCAGUAUCUUUAAAUUGUCAAAAAAUAAAAACAGUCUGUACUCGUUUCGUUCUCUGGAGGGAGUAUAAGCAGCCAUUUUGUUAGUUUUCGGGCGCAAUGCAUUCUGGAACGGUUCGAAAUUGACUAUAUAAAAAGUCGAUUUAAUAAUAUAAAAAGUCGAGUUGGCCAUAUAAAAAGUAAAAUUUGAUCUUAUUAAAAGUGAAAAGUUGAUCCUAAGCAUAAAAACUCGAGUUGAUCAUAUAAAAAGUAAAAAGUUGACCGUAUAAAAAGUCGAAUUGACCACAUUAAAAGUAAACUGGGUCACAGAAAUACAGAGGGAAUAUUGACAUGUUUGGCGCCCCAUAGUUAUGCUUUUUUUUGGUUUAACUUCGUAGUUGAGUUGUAGUGUGUUGUGAAAUUUGACGUCAACGACGUAGUGAGACGCUCAAACUCGUAACUUCUAUGACACAAUUUUUUGAAAGUAGCAAUAUUGAUAGACAUCGGGACCUCCGCAGUCUCCAAAAGUCUUUGGAACGUUUACGAAAUUUCCCUUGUUUUUAAAAGUUGCCCUCAUUAUAUUUUACCAUCAUAUUGAGAGCGUGAUAACUCGUCACAAACUGAUUUUUGAGAACAUCGAAGUUGCCUUGUUACUUUCAUGGUAAACAGUGAAUGAUUUAUUCCACGUAUGCUGAUUGGCAAGCUCUAAGUCUCUGGCAAGUGACAUUUACCUCCGCGCUGAACGAGAUGACUUUACUCAAAUGCAGUGAAACCAACAAAGGCAAAAUAUGACGUUUUAAUUACUAUGCCUUGAUAUAAGAUUUGACAACUUGUGCCUAAUCCGUUUCGAGCCUUUCCCGGCUCAUGAAUUUAAUAGAAUUCAAUACAAAUGUCGAGCUCUGGAGCAAACAAAUCCUAAAGUAUAUGUGCAUGAAUCAAAGACAUUUCAAUCUUUGUUCAAGUAUAAUUUCGGACUAAGAAACAAAAAUUAAAAUAUCUCCAUCUGUGUCGUGGCUCCGACCAAAAAGACUAAAUCAACGCUUAGAGACAUAUCUCGAUCGUGUAAUACAGGUAUAUGUUUUUACAACUUUACUUAGAUGGGCUUUGCCUGCCAUAGUGAGUAGCAAAGAUUGUUUUCGGCAAUAACUUAAAUUACUUUGACAUCGUACAAAAUAAAGCCCUGGAAACACGGCGGUCGAACGUCACGCAUGCUCAAGUGGAUCAAUUUUUAGCUGGCCUCACGCCAAUUUUCCGCCCAAAGUUUUAAUAAUUUACCUUUGUCACUCGAACUGUUCGAAAAAAGGAAAUGUAGCGUUCAGAGAAAUCUGGACUUGGAAACAAAAGUGGAGAAAGGGAAAACUUGAGACUUCUGUAAACCUAAUUGAGUUAAUUUUUUUUAUGUAAAAAAAUUACCCUAUGUUGGCGUGUAGAGUGGUAUGUUGCUCGCACCAAUCAGAUCGUCGCAUUAGGGUAUGUGUCUCGCGUUGUGUGACGAGACAAAACAACGGCUGCGAAGGAGACUGCAGUAAGCGUGGCACCGAUGCAUUUUAUAUUUGCUCAGAAGUAUUAAGACAAUAUAGAGAAUAGACCACAAAGAAUAGACCUGUGUGAGUUCAGAUAAACUAGGUUUUUUUCUUUUUCUUAAGAUGAAGUAGUGCGAUAUUGUCAUUUUUUUGAAGUUAUGCUCUUUUUCUGUUACAAAAAUGAAAACACUAGGUACACAAAGCGUCCCAUCUCGACCCACCCUGUGAAAAAAGUAACUCUUACAUGCAAACAUGCAAGAGUGUUUAAUCACAGGUAAACGUGGAUUCUUCCUUUUUUUCGACCCGAUCUUGAAUGCUAUUCGUUUUUACAACACUGUGACGUGCUAACUCGUGUGUUCUGUUAAUAACUAAGGUGUGCUAUCCAUGCAGUUAAAUACUUGUGUUUACACUAUAACGAUUUUCUUUAUUGUUUUGUAGUUGCAGGAUGUGGCAGUCAUCCCAUUAGUUUCCGAUCCAAGAUUGAACACGGUUGAGUGCGUGAUCCCAGGGCAUGGGAAAGCUCCACAGUUUUCUGGGGUAAAACAAUUGUUGCAUGGUGUGUGUUGGAGUUUACUGGUUAUCAGCCUUGCUAUGAGUACUUUGUCAUCACAGCUGAUAACAGUGAAGCUAAGGUCAUGGGGUGACGAAAAGGCUUAUCGGAGUAAGACUGCAGCAACUAUGCUUCUUUCUUUACUCCUUUUUCUAGGGGGACUUGCCUAUAAUCUAUACAUAUGCAUGUCAGCGACAAAAGUCGGAAAUAAACAAGAUAUCAGCUACAUCUGGGUGUUCUUUGGAUCUAUAUUGUUUGUGCUUUUCCGACGCGUAUUUUGGUGUAUGUAUGUACAUGAGGGGAAGUGUUUUAGUGAGCGAAACUUAACCGGGGGCCACGGGGAAAUGACUACCAAAAACCUUUUUUCUGGCGUUGUACUUUAUCCAGCAGUAUUCAUUGUAUGUCAUCAUCUGCUGUGGAUUUUGCUGGGUAUGAUAACAGAACCAUUUUGGGGUUUUACUGUUUUAGUGGCUGUUAUUGCUCUUUGUGCCGUGCUUUUCUUCUCACUUUCGGAGCUGCAUUGUGCUUUUCCUGAAAAUCUUAUUUCCUGUAAAAACUGGAAAGAAAAAUUUAUAUUUUUCAUGUCUCUCUUUUUGAUCCUAACCGUCCUUUCUGCAUUUGUGUUGUUUGUGGUAGUUCUGUUUGUGGUUGCACAGGUUUUUCUUAGCGAGAGUUUGAUUUCGACAUUGAUUCAGAAUACUUUGACGUUUGUUGUUACUGUAUGGUUUGGGUAUAUGAAUAUUCUUAAGGAAUCAAAUAAGGGAGAUAAAGGAGGAGGUAAUGAAGGAACUGCAGGAGAGGAGGAAGUAGCCUUGCAGGAACAGAGUGAAAUACAUCUUGAAAUAGUAUAA